CAAACCUCGUCGCGACCUAAGUGCACACUUUAAAGAAAGAGCUUUGAAAAAUUAGAGGCACCAUAGGCAUACAGGGUGGACUUGUUGGUUGUGGAGGCUUCUGGGGUUUGAAUGCAAACCCUGGUCUUACGUACUCCAUUCGAAGUGUUGCGCAGGAAGUAGCCCGCGCCCAGCCACUUUUCGCAAGAGGCAGCCAACCAACCUAUCAACUCGCGCUUUGCUCAAAGUCCUACCACACACAAACCUUGAGCUCCAAAGUCCUACAGUGCUCGGGGCUGACAUUCGGGGCAGGGUGAGGGCGAGGUUAAUCGCGUGCUGACAUUUUGUCCAUUUCUUGAGCUGAGCCUCAUUGCAGCCUACAACCUACCUGAACUACCUCAUAGGCACUGGACCAAAGGGACCACAGCCACUUACCUACCCGCCUACCCACUGUUCCUGGCGGCGAUCGAUUUGUCGCUAAUCCUCCAGGACUUGAUCCAUGUGAUUAAAAAAAUAAAAUCAAAACCAUAUCUUGUUCCUAAAUGGCUACUAUACGCGAUAAACGAUGAUGGAGUGCAUUCGACUUUCGCCGCUCCUUCCCGUUGUUUAGACUAGCCUAAUCGUUUGCCGCGUGCAUUCGUCACCUGCAACCAAUCUACGAGAGACAAGACACGUUACGAAACCUUCUUAUUGUCUUUGCUCCUAAUAACAAGCUUCAGACCAUGGACGGCAAAAAACGCUUCGUCCCGUCGCUGCUGGGCGACCCGGGGUACGAUCAUCGUCAGGUCUCGGGCGGCGCCGCUCGGGCUCUGUCGCCGGCUCCUAGUGGCCGCUUCAGCUUACGCCGGGUUUCACUCUCACCCUCUUCCUUGUCGUCUUCUUCGGUGGCGUCGAGCACUUGUGCCUCGACAUGUGGCCCAAAGGAUACCAGCUUGAGCCCAGAGAACUCAUGCGUAUCCCGUGAUACUUCAGACGGAGAUUGUGGCAGAUACAGGUUCAUCGCCUGGGCGGCCGUCAAACGUAAUGCAUGUCAGGGCAUGACACCGAGCGAAAAACUUGAGUGUCCGCUGCUGCGAUGUCGUCGGCGAUGCGAAAGUCACGAGGAAAUGCUCAGGCAUCUCGCAGGAUGUGAUCAGCUUGGGACUUGCGAAUAUUGGUGCUACAGUCACAUGCGUGUCGAGAGAUUUGACGACAAGAAGUGCCAGCGGUGUUUGACUCAAAAGUCCAAACGUCGCCGCAUGCUAUGCAGGGCUAAGAACUUCUUUUCAUCGCUUGGCCACAAGGGAAGGAAGAACGGUGCGACUGGUCUUCCCACUGAUUUUGGCGACGACGACGACGAGUCCCUCAUGUUCCCAGUGGCUUCCCUAAGAUACAACAUGUUGGAAGUUGGCCAGACCUAUGGCUACGAGCUCUCAGGAAACGCCAUUGUCGAGAUCGACUCGACCGAGGUGGCACCCCCGGUUGCGCCAUCCCCGCCAACUCCUGCCGUCGUCGACCCCCAAGUCCUUUUACUUCCAGAGGUUGACACUAGGAUGUUGGUCGCCCCCAACCCAUUGAUGCAGUGGCGACAUGACAUUGCAUGUGCCCCUCAGUCGAUUUUUGCCGAGCCGGUUCCGUCUCCUGAGGAGCGCCCGCCACUACAGGUCAACACCUUUGGUAUCGAGCAAUAUCUUCAGUCAAUCAGGUUCCGGCCCAAACCCAGACCUAAUCCGGUGCCGGCAAGUAGAAGCAAGGACCUCUCACCCAGCUCUUCUGUUCGAUCCACAAACAGCACUACCAGUACUGCCAGCGACGUCAGCCAUACGAGUAGCACAAGUGCUACAAGCAAUGUCAGCUCCCUGGUGUCGCCAAUAUCGGCGUUUAGCCACUCCUCUUUGGCUGAUGGCGAAUUUGCGAAGCACCUGGUAUCUCCCGAGGACGUGCUAAUGGGGCAGGAUGACCUGCUGCUGGACCAGCGCCAAUUUGAUCAACAUGAUGUACCGACAUCAAUAUUCGAUUCGAUCUGCCCGCCGGCAGAGCUACUUCACGGAAUGUUCACGGAACUACCCGCCGAUUUCCCUCCACCAAAGGUGGAUCCAACCAACCUGCCGACGAACUCCCUCCUGUUUGACUUUGAUACGACCGCCUACCCUGUGGCUGCGACUUGUGCCAGCGACUUGCUUUUAACGCAAGAUGCCAACUUCGACUCAUCCCUAGAAAUUGCUUCACAUUCCAAAACUCAGAGCCCUGCGUCCGUUGAGGCAGACGUCAAGACGCCCCAGUCAGCCACAGAAGCGCUUGUAGGCUCGACAUGGGACACAUUGCUGGAGCACAUUGCAAGCUCGAAGCUCAAGGUUCAAGACAUCAACGACAACCCCUGGGCUGACAAGCUUCGCUCGUUGGCCUCGAUGACUAUCGCAAGGGAUGGGUUCAGUGCACUCAGAAGCCUUCUUGACGGCUGUCCACCAACAAGCCCAAUCAAGAUUCUCUGUCUUGUUCACGUGGUCUACGCUCUCUCCCUAGUUGUCUACGGUGACGACCAUCUUUCACAGCGCUCUCGGGAGCUAUAUGUUGAGUCUCUUGUCUACGCUCGUAUGAUAGGAGACAUAAAAUUGGAAGCGCUUAUGACGGCUAUCUGGCAGCCAGUCAAAUUAUCCGUUUCUGAAAUCAGUCAAGGCCUUCGCAGGAAAUACAAGUCCUUGCAUAGAAGUCCCAGCCACAAGGGCAAGGAGUCAACUAUUGACCUCAAGUCCCAUGUCGCCUACAACCAAGACCCGCUUCUAUGUACUGCGAGGGACUUUUUGGAUGAACUUGAAUGCUCGGCAAUCCUCAGGCCAUCACCCAAGCCAUCUCACCUCCUGACCUCGACUCUUUAUUCUAAGCAGAUAGGGCUUGACUUCCAAGGGACAUCAAGCACAUCAUUUGUGACAGUCGCUCGCACAGUAAUUGUUCAACUAGCAAAGAAUUUUACCGGCCAUGGAGAUCUCUUACUAGGACUUCAGGAUAUACACAAACGACUCAGCUCUGGCUCGAUCUUGAGCAUUCGGAGGCUUGAAAUCGAGCUCCUAUACACCGGAAAGAACUGUUUACCUAUGAGAGCUUAUUUUGGAAAGUAUACCAACGCAACAGGACAAGCAUGCGACCAAAUGUACCAUCAAUUCAUCGGAAGCAGUGCAAACAGGACUGUCUACCACGGUUUAGAUCUUGGUUUCCUGGAGAUGACAGUCGAGGGGCUCAACAGAGGUGGGACUGAUAGUACGAAGACUGCUCUGCCCACAUCGCCACUGGGUGCUGAUAAUGAAGGCGACGCCUUGUUUGAUGACUUCAUAAACGCCAUGACACCAUCUUUGAUGGGAACGAUGGCGGAUGAGAGCAUUGCAAUGCAGCUCAACCCAGAAAUGAUGGUUGCGGAUAGCUCAAAGCUCGAACUUGGGUCACCCUAUGGCAGUUCAACAGGGGAGGCCUCAGACGUGGUCGUCGUAUGCCCAGUUGGUUUUGACAAAUCUCUUACAUUGACCUCGGGGCCAUUGUCAGUUCAGCCUAGCGGAUCAUAUUCUAGCUCCACAACACCUUCUUCAUCGACAUCGACUUCUGGAGGCACCACAACGCAGGGCAAAACGGAGGCCAACAGCUGUUGCGAACUUUGCGGAUACAGGCCCAAAGGUGAUCCACAAUGGUUCAAAGGGAGCAUGGCCAAGCAUAUGAAGCUUCAACAUUCGGCGCAGCCCCCUAAGAUAUACAAGUGCCCGUAUCCUGGCUGCAACAGCGCAUACAAGAAUCGACCAGACAACUUGAGACAGCACCAGAUCGAAAAGGGACACUUUGUCGAGGGUGAAGAGCCAAACCGCAGGCCAAGUAAGAGAAAAAAGAUGUCUGAGUAAAUCAAGGUCUAGGCGGCAGCCUUCGCGCAUACGCACAUUGCAGGAUUUCAAGGGUUUCACGCAGGCGUGAGUUGGUGGAUAGGAACAUGGUGGACAUAUAUUCUUUGUCAUUACAAAAGAUACCCUGGGGUGUAUUGCAACGAGAAAUGUAUCGAUCAAGCAGCUUAAAGAUUAAAUAUGCUGAAUAUCAAGAUCAAAAUGAAGACAAUAAUUGAACUCUUGACACGAC